CAUCUUUCUUCCUCCAUAAAAAAAGGCUUCUAGUUGACGCUGUUAAUUACUAUAUAUCAAUGAAGUAAAGAGGGAAAAGAAAAGCUUCAAUAAUUAACUACAAUUACCAAAACUAAGUUGAUCGAUGCCUUUUCUAGGUCGGAGACUAAUCAGACCACCUUCCGAUCCUCACUUUCGAGCUGUUACUUCUGUAAAUACUAUUGGUGAGGACACAUUCAAAAUUUAUCCAAGGGCUCUAAAUAUUACAUGGGGCAGUGAUAGACGAUAUUGGACCAUACCUCGUCGAGACCGGACGACGGAUGAUGAAGAUGAAGAUUAUUUUGCUGAGUUAAAACAAGUAUGUUGGUUAGAAGUAACAGGUUCAACCAACAGAGAUCUUGUGCCUGAAAAAACGUACAAAGUUUCUUUUGGUGUCUCACUAGGACCCGAUGCUUUUGGAUGGGAUGAUUGUAGCGUUUACAUAAUGGCUAAGAUUGGUAAAAAGGGAAAUUUCCGUUUCCAGAAAGUGAAUCUUGGAAUCAUAACUACUACAACUGAUCCAGAAAUUUCCUUGAUUCCUUUUACUGAAUUGACUGUUACAGUACCUACGCCCAGAACUAAUAAUAAUAAUGAUGAUCUCAAGCUCUACUUUGGUCUCUAUGAUGUUUGGACCAAUAGGUGGAAGGGAGGGUUGAGGAUCCAUUAUGCAUUGGUUGAAAUGGUCAUUGGUUCUAAUAAUGAUACUCAAACCAAUUAAACAGAAUAGUAGGUGACCACUCAUAUAUAUUUCAUGAUUAAUGGAAGGGCACAUGAUCUUUUGUACAUCAAACAUCCAUGAAUGUUCUUCAGAUUGUGUAAUCCAUAUGCAUGUAAUAAAAUUCAGUCAUAUGUGGCUGUUUCAUUUUUUA